AUGAGUUACGCCGAUGUUGCUGCCAAAGGGCCUAAACAAUCCCCAGAAGAGGCGUAUGUUCCUGGUCAUUCCGAGUCGGAAGUUGCAAGCUUGAUCGACGUCGACUCGCCGCACGUCAGCUCAGUCAAAUCAGAUUUCCAAGAACAAGCCAUCAAGACUGAGACGCAGGCUGAACGGAUCGAGCACGAACUGGAGGACAAGGCUCGCGCAGCAAGGCAGGAAUUCUCAGACAAUGCUGCUAGUGCCAAGAAGAAGGCUGCUGGCAAGGGCAAGCAAUUCAAGGACGAGAUGAAGAAGGACGGACAAAAGUUGAGCGAAAAUAGGGACAAUCCUGUUGUCGUUGGUAAUGCCAUCAUCUGGGGCAUUGCCACUCUUGCUAUUGGCUAUGGAGCAUACCAGAAGCAUACGGAAGGCAAAUUGGACUGGCAGCUUGCUGGAUCUGUGGCCGCUGGAGUAGGCGCUUUCGCUGUCGCCGAUUAUUUUGGCAGCAAGUGGCUCCUUGAGAACAAGUACCCUCCGAAAUAG